AUGGAUAUUGCCGAGGAAGCUGGAAGUCCGAGUCCACUUUUAGAGGCGGUCAUGGCUGGUCGCAGUAUGGAUAUGGAGCGAGCCCAGGCGAUCGCCCGGGAUAUUGCAAAGCCGGAUUACACCCUUGGACAGUAUUUUCAAGACCUCAUGGCCACUUUUCCCGAACUUCAUUUGUUUGGCCUUGAGGGGAUGUCUGGGGACACGCUGGAGUUCAAGCGCGAUGUCCUCUAUGGCGGAAGGGUGGCUGGUGAUGAGUUCCAACGCACCAUUGGGGCAUUUUUCGCUAUUUAUUGGCUGGUGCGUUCGGCCAUCGAUGGCAAGCAUGGGUUCUGUCACGGAGUUGAUGAUUUAUGGAGGCCAAUGGCUUCUCGUGAAGGUGAGAGUGACAAAGCCCGCGUGUUCUACGGCGACGAGACGAUUUGGAAUCAUUUUCAAGAUUUGAUGCUCGAUGCAGGUGUCCUGGUGCAGAAGAAGGGCCCGAAAUUUGAAGUCGAUUCGGAGACCACCUUGGCGCUGCUGGUGUUAACUGCACUGCAUGACGUCAUGAAGGUGAGCUUGCUGCUGCCUGUGGUCCAGAAGGCUGAUGCUCCAUAUCGCGGCUACGGUGAAGCGGAGGUCAUUGCAGACCAUGAUUUGGCAAUUUUCUACCUCAUCGAACGCUAUCCACAGCUACUGCCAUCACUGAGCAGUUUGAAACCGGACCUCCAGUCCUCAGUGCAGAUGGUGCUGAGCGGCCUCGCCUUCAACAAUGGAUGGUUUGUUCAAGCAGAGGCCCCGCCAGGAGCUGUGCUGCGUGGAAUCAAGGCUGCAAUCACCUCACAGAACAAGUCAGAUCGGCAGGUUAGCAAGCGCGACUUGAGCUUGUACUUCGUACAUUGGCUGACAGACCUGGCGGGAGCAGAGCCUUCUCCAUUGUUUGGCUGCCUGAAGCUCACCAGCCAGCUCCCCCUUCCUGUCCUGAAGAGCUUCAUGGAGUCUGUCAAGUAUAUUCAGCAGCUGGCGGAACGCACAGAGACAGAGGUCAUGGAAAGCUACCUGAAGGACCGCUGGAGAAAUCACCAGCCACCGGUGGGGCCUCUGCCAAGCGGGCCUGAAGCUCUCGUCAAAACGCGUUUGCUUUGUAUGGCUCAAGGCAUGGCCACGCAAGUGCUCGAAGCCUUCGACAAGCUCAGCGAUGCGGACAAGGAGGUCCUCAGCAUUGAAAUGUCGCGAACUGGCACGGAGAACCAAAGUUUCUCUGAGGGCUUUGUGCCCGCAUGCGUCAGGGACCGUUUGGCCGGGCCGGCAUUCUUGGUGUACUACGGCCCAGCAUUCCUCCAGAGGAUGCACAACGAUAGUCCCCUCAGACGUUUGGAGAUUUUGACGGAGAUUUACCGCCGCGCGCGGAAGCUUUGGCCUGCUACUACAGACCAAGCCGGAAAUUUCGUCACAAUCCGAAUUGAUGCCAUCACCAUCCAGGAGAAGUGGAGCUCAUCUGAUCCUGGACUCCUGCUGUUGAGGAUGAGCAGCAACAAGCAGGCUGUCAUUGAAAGGAAGCCAGAGGCAGACCCCAAGACAACGAACGUCAAAGAGGAAAACACUGAGAUCCUGUUUGCUCCGGAUGUGCUCAAUAGUCCUGAUGGUGAAGACAUUUGCUCCCAACAGGAGAUGAUCAACCGGGUGAGCAAUGAGAUGUUAAGUGCUGGGCGCUGGUACCGCAAAGUGGCUUUUGCGUUCCUGCGACGUGCGCAGCCAGGAGAGAUUAUUACCACAGUCGUGGAUGGAAAAGAGGAAACGGUGAACACUGCGGUUGAUGGGGACUAUGUUGUGCAGGCCAACACCCGUUGGAAGGAAAAUUACAUCUUGUCCUAUGCGACCACAUCCGCUGCUUACGACUUGGCAACCCCACUCGAGAUUCCGCAUGGCCGGGAGGAUGCCCAGCAACUGCGCAAGGAUGGGUAUCGCUGCUACAGGUCUCGCACGCGGAUCCGCGCUCUGCGAGCUACGGAAGAGUUCUUGCAACGGCACUGUCCAUCCAAAAAGUUCAUGGCAAAGUGGGGUUCACCAUGCUCGGUAGAAGUCGAUGACAUCAUUGCAGCGCAAGUGAGUGCAAGCUCUAUGGUGACGGAGAUCUACAGGAUCGAAAAGACCGUCUUCAGAGAGACUUUCAUUCCUGAGCAAAAGUGA